GCAACGUCUCCAAUUCAAAUACCAGAAUUUGUCUGAGGGAGAGAACGUAGAUCUGCACCACCAGGCCACAGUGGUAACAAAGGACCGUCUCUACCAUGAAGUUAUCUUUAGUUCUGGUUUUUGCAUUCAUCCUCCCACUCAUCAGGGCUCAGGUGCCCCACUGGGGACCAUGUCCAGAACCAGCCGUUCAGCCGGCCUUCAACCUCAAACAGUUCAUGGGGAGAUGGUUUGAAAUUGCCAAGCUGCCGGCCCAGUUUGAGAAGGGACGGUGCAUCGAAACCAAUUUCACUUUGAGGACGGACAGCUCCAUUCGAGUGGUCAGCUCUGAAAUACUAAAAGGAGAGCUGAGAAAAAUUGAAGGGACUGGAGUCAUAGAGGAUCUGAAGAAUCCCGCCAAGCUGGGAAUAAGUUACUCCUACGUCCUGCCCUACUCCCCUUACUGGAUCCUGUCCACUGACUACGUGAACUCAGCCCUGGUGUAUUCCUGCACGGACAUCCUGAGGCUCUUCCACGUCGACUUCGCCUGGAUCCUGGGCCGAACACGAACCCUGCCGGACUCCACCGUCCAGAAGGCCCAGGAGAUCUUCGCCAACAACAACAUCGACGUGAGCAGGAUGAUUCCCAGCAGGCAGCAAGGCUGUGACAAAACUACUCAGUAGCAUCAGUAGAAAUCCAACACAAGAUGGUGCUGUUGCUGAUGGGAGGGAAAAGAUGAUUUAUCAUGUGGAAAAUAUUUGACUAAUAUUUUUAUGGUGAUUGUGACCAGGAGGUCAGUCACUCAGUGUGUUUAUGUAUGGCACAGGUCUGCCUUUUAAAGCCAAUGAAAUGGUUUGCAGCAAAAAUGACUGCAUGCCUAUAUUGUUCAUUAUAGUUAGAAGCUGGAUGUGAGGGUGAUUGAAGUAUUGCAGUAUAAGUGAAUGCUAAGUCAUUGUUUAACCACCUUGUUGUUUGGCACAUCAUCACUAAGGUGUGAUAUUACAAGCAUAGAGAAAUGUUACACACAGUUUUAGCCAUUCAAGCUGUUUAAUAAGCAUAAUGAAAACUGUUUGCCGUUUCGUUUGCAGUGUAAAAUAUAAUCAUCUUGGAAUCAAAUGAUAUUAAAUAAACCUGAUGCUGAUGGUACAAUAUGAAAACAUA